ACCGCUUCUGAGCAAGUUUAAAAUUAAUCUCUCUCUCCAUUGGCCAGUUGCCUUCAAAGCCUUUUUAGGGUUUGAACAUGCCAACAGGGGAUCUGCUUUGCACUCUAGAGUAGAGCUCUAAUGUGAGAGACAGACCACACCAAGGGACCAGCUCUAUGUCGAUAUCACAGAUAACACCAACUCUCUUCCUGAGCGGGGCUGAUGCUCCUAGGAAUCAGGCACUCAUGACCCGCAAAGGGAUUACACUCAUUGUGAAUGUGACCCUGUCCCACACCUGCCCUAUCUACCCGGGCGUGGAGUGUCUACGUGUUGCCGUGUCCGACCUCCCCAAUGCCCGUCUGGGUGAUCAUUUUGAACCCGUGGCAGCUCGAAUCCACAACAACAGGGCUGGGGGAACCUUAGUGCACUGUGUUGCAGGCAUGAGUCGCUCACCUGCACUGAUUAUGGCCUACCUCAUGAAAUACAAAGGAGUGAACCUACGGCAGGCACAUAACUGGGUUAAAGAGAGUCGACCCUAUAUUCAACUUAAUACAGGAUUCUGGGCCCAACUCCUAGACUAUGAGAAGAAAUUGUAUGGUAAGAAUACUGUGAAGGUGGCCGAACCAUUGGAUCCACUGCCAAUCCCCAGAACACCAAAACUGACUACCAAGUAUAGCAUGAGACAGUGCCCUCCAUCUCCAAGGCUUGGCCGACUUAGAAAAUAUACAUCUUUUGCUCUUUAAUCCAAGAAAAAACAACCGAACUUGGAAGGUUUUUGCCUAAAGUAGAAAUGUUGUCUUUUUAGCCACUUAUACUUGGUUGGUAAUGCAAUUCACUUUCAAGCAUGAUUUUUCAUAAUGUUUUUUCAUUUUGAUGUGGCCUGGCUGGAAUUCCAGGAUAUAAUAGAUUACAUUUUAAAUCCUUUUACGUUGCAUUGUUUAACCAACAGAGGACACUGUUGGAGCAUCAAACUCAAACCAUGUACACUGUAAAAAGCUAGGGGUAACCUGCAAUUGUUACCAUAAGGAGCUAUAUACUGCACCUGAGCUAACCUUUAACAAUAGUUUUGUUGGCGUUACUUAUUGUAUUUAGGUUGAUUCGGUGAUGUUAAAAUCAGAUUUCUGACUUGAAUCAAACCAGUUAAUUUAGAUGUUACCACAUGAAGCACAUUUUUGUCAGUGUAUGAUACCCAGGACAAAUGAAUGGAAGGUUAAAAAUGGGAAAUUCUGUUAACAAUAGACAUGUUGUGUUGUAUUAUAUACCACAGCUCUGUUUAGACGUCUUUAUUUUGAUAAAUGUACAGAAAAUUGAUUUUUUUACUGUGCGUGGGACAAGGACAUGGGCAAUUUAUCUAAGCAAACCUACUUGUAUUAAUCAUCUGACAAACUUUGAAUACUGUGUAA